GCUUCUCGUCUCUCUCGUCCCCAUUCGGCCCCUUCACCCACAUCCCUCCUUCCCCCAACUGCCCCGCGCCCGCAAGGGAAAGGAAGGAGACGACGACUUUGCCGGACGCGGUGGCGCAUCUCAUCGCGCCGCGUCGCAUCCGCAUGGCGGAGGCGGCGGCCGCGGCGGGGUCGCCCAUCCUGGACCUGCCGGAGCCGCUGCUGCUCCACAUCCUGGGCUUCCUCACCGACGCGCGGUCGCGGCACCGCGCCGCGCUGGCGUGCCACCGGCUCCUCGCGGCGGAGCGGACGACGCGGCCCGCGCUGUCGCUGCGCGGGAACCCGCGGUCCGCGGACUUCCUGUUGCUCCCGCCGGCGUUCUGCUUCCCCGCGCUCGAGCACCUCGACCUCUCGCUCGUCUCGCCGUGGGGGCACCCGUUCCUCUCCGCGGCGCCGGCCGAUGCUGCGGCGGCCGCGCCGUCGCACAACCCCGAGGAGGUCGCCGAGCAGAACGCCUUCAUCGCCGCGCGCCUCGCACACUGCUUCCCGGCCGUGUCCUCGCUGGCCGUCUACUGCCGCGACCCAUCCACGCUCGAAAGCCUCACCCAGCACUGGCAGGGCAGCCUCCGCAGCGUCAAGCUCGUGCGCUGGCACCAGCGGCCCCCUGGCCUCGCCAGCGGCGCGGAUCUCGAGCAACUGCUCGCGACCUGCCCCGCGCUCAGGGCGCUGGACCUCUCGGAGUUCUACUGCUGGACGGAGGACAUCGAACCGGCACUCGCGGCGCACCCUACCGCUGCCGCGGCGCUCACCGAGCUCGACCUCGGCCUCGCAGGCGCCACGGACGGGUUUCACUCCUCCGAGCUUGGGGCCAUCGCGGGGCGCUGCCCCAACCUCCGGAAGCUCGUGGCUCCCUGUGUGUUCAACCCCCGGUACGUUGACUUUGUCGGCGACGACGCGCUGCUCUCCCUCGCCGCUAGCUGCCCCAAGCUGACGGUAUUGCGGCUCCGCGAGCCGUUCGAGGCGGCGUCCACCAGCCAACGAGAGGAUGCGGCCAUUACCGUCGCGGGGCUGGUUGCCUUCUUCGCUGCACUUCCGGGGCUGGAGGAUUUCACGCUUGACCUGCGGCAUAAUGUGCUGGAGGCAGCGCCAGCGAUGGAGGCGCUGGCCCACAGGUGCCCACGGAUCAAGUUCUUGACGCUGGGGUGUUUUCAAAGCUUGUGCAAGGCAUCUUGGCUGCAUCUUGAUGGCGUUGCAGUGUGCGGUGCGCUGGAGUCACUUUGCAUGAAGAAUUGUCAGGAUCUCACCGACGCCAGUCUUGCGGCAAUCGGUCGAGGGUGUGGGAAGCUUUCUAAGUUUGCCAUCCAUGGCUGCGAUCUCGUGACGUCAGUUGGGAUCAGGAGGCUAGUAACGGCGCUUCGGCCUACAAUCAAGGAAAUCAGUAUCUUGCACUGCCGGCUUCUGGACACAGCAGCAUGCCUCACUGCUCUAAGUCCAAUCCGUGAUCGCAUUGAGAGUCUUGAGAUCAACUGUGUCUGGAAGGAAGUUGAACAACCUGACAGUGUAGCCAACGGCACAACCGGAUGUGAUCCUGACGAUGAUGAGCUAGGUGAAGUGUCAUAUGAGUCUGCAUCCAAGAAAUGUAGGUACAUGGAGUUGGAUGAUCUAGUCAGCUGGGAGAUGCUCCGUUCACUCUCCCUCUGGUUCCCUGCUGGUGAGCUGCUCUCUCCACUCAUUUCUGCUGGGCUUGAUAGCUGCCCUGCGCUAGAGGAGAUUUCAAUUAAGGUGGAGGGUGAUUGCCGGACAUGUCCACGGCCUGCUCCACGAAGUUUUUUCGGCCUGAGUGACCUUGCAGGCUUCCCAGUACUGUCUAAGAUGAAAUUGGAUCUGAGCGAGGCAGUGGGCUAUGCCCUUACCGCACCGGCGGGACAGAUGGAUCUCUCUCUGUGGGAGCGAUUUUAUUUGCAAGGUAUCGAUUCACUGCAUACUUUGUAUGAGCUAGACUACUGGCCACCCCAAGACAAGGAAGUGAACCAGCGUAGCCUUACAUUGCCUGCUGUUGGAUUGCUCCAGCGCUGCAUUGGACUCAGGAAGCUCUUUGUCCACGGCACCACACAUGAGCAUUUUCUGACUUUCUUCUUGACGAUGCCAAAUUUGAGGGACAUGCAGUUACGAGAGGACUACUAUCCGGCACCAGAGCACGAUAUGAUGAUCACAGAGAUGCGGGCUGAAUCUUGGCUCCGGUUUGAGAUGCAGCUGAACAUCCGGACAAUUGAUGAUUGAUAGUGGAUUUGGUGAACAGUGAGAGGAUCAUAUGAAUACAGAGGUGCCGCUUUGAGGUGGCACUGAACCGGGUGGAGUCGAUUUGGCAUGGUGCCGAGCCAUGAAUGAGUUGCUUACGGAAGUAGCAGGAAUAGCUGGUGUGCUGCUGUUGAGGAGAGUAGAAGAGAAUGCUUUGACCAUGUGGCAAUUGUCGGUGAUCUUCUCAAGUUUUUUUUUUCUCUUUUUCUACUGUAAUAAGAGAGUUGGUGCAGAAUUCAGAUUCGCAGGAGGUUUGGCAACAAAAUUGCCAAUCGGCAUGGCAAGUUGGCAACCUGGGUCUCCAAGCCAAGCAACCAGGUUUUGCAAGAUACUACUGGCAUGAUCAAGCAUGAUGAGUGCUACCAGGAUCAAGCAUACUAAGUUCUUCUGACACCUGAUAUGAAUGACCAAAAAAAACCUUAUUUCAUUUGACAGAAUCAUUUUUCUUUUGCGCAGGCAUCGAGAAGAUUUCCAAUGCCCAAGCAAUUGAUCAGAACACAGUCUCCCUGCCAUUUGCUGAUUUGUUCUCUCCCUGCAGCGAUCCUCCAAGGAGCCGUCGCUUUGGCUCUCCUCAUCCGCAAAUGUAGGAAGACGUCCCGAACAAGAUCGGCAUCGCAACAUGUCAUAAGAUCUCGCACUACAACAAGCCGGUUUAUCCAGUGCUCUGCAUGUCAAGAUACCGCGAGAAUCGCAGGUUUUGUCAAAGCAAAUCCUGGCGAUUCUUGGUGCCCCUGGAAAUUAAAGAGCCCUUGACAGACUGAGAGCCCUCCUCUUGUCCUAAUCGACCUGCAAGGUCAGGGCGUUUGUGCCUUUUGGCUGGGCAGCAGCUGGAGGCCUCACAAAAUAAUGCUACAGAAUGUAAAGCUGGCCUCUAGAAGGAGAGCAGAUUUGGUAGAGCAGAAGCUUCCUCUCUCCCCUCUCCUCUGGUGCCACGUUGAGGCUCGUAGUUCACAUAAUUGGCGGGUGACUGGGACGCACGCAUGCAUCCACCAGUUCUUUCUUUGCUCGAAAUUUCCAAAUAUUUUCUCUCAGUGUUAAGUAACUUCUAUACACAAUGGUAGAAAUGAGGUAGAAUUCAGAGUUGCUAUUCUUCCGCGCGUACCGUUUUUAUUUUCGCUGUUACAUUUUUUUCUACUCACCGAAUUAGCGGCUAACCGCUGCAUCGCCGCAUGUGUGAAUUUCAUGUGCUGAUUGCUUCUUACCUGUUUGAUUCAGGAUGCGGUGGAAGCUAAGCUGGUGGCACUGGCACUGGCAGGAGAAAUGUCACGAGCAUGGGUGGCGGUUGCAGACUUGAAGCCCUGCUUGCUGCGCUUCCCUUUCCGGCGGCGGUUGAUGGACGUCUUCAUGAGAAAGCCGCACGUGGCGCGCCGUAGAUUUCCAUUCGUCUGUUUGAUGGCAUUCUUCACCUCGCAAGCCCCAAGCUUUCCCUCGCAGUCCCGAAUUUCGGCGCUCCAACUCUCUCGUUACGCCUAUAAAAAAAGCUCUCCUGUUAUGAUCCUGCUUACAGUAUCUGUUUAAAGUCGAGGUUAUGCUCUUGGUGACCACCGAGCAUACUUGGUACGCACAUGAUCUAAAACAGUGAGAGAUGGCCACCGAUAAAAUCCGGAACUACUAUGUCAUCUGCAGAGCUAUUGCACAUCGCAGUCGCUUGUCCCACGAUUGACAAGACCAACCAGAACAAGCAGUCCUGGCGCACCCAGCAUUUUAAUAAUGAGUGUAUAUAGAUAAAAAAAAUUGCUCCAUGAUCCAAGUAUGUUGCACAUUUGGAUCACGGAAAGCUAGAGAUGAAAGUGGAACAAAUAGUUUUUGAAACGGGUACGGAUAUAGAUGCGGUUAUGGUAAGUUUUUUUAGAAAUCAAUAUACGAUACAAAUAUAUAUAGUUUUAUACAGAUAUGAAUACAGGUAUGGUAUUGUAAAAAUUCAGCAGAUACGGAUUAUUCGAUUUUUAGAUCGGAUUAUCCAUAUUCUACUGGGUCCAUUGCCUCUCGCCCUAACCAAUACUAUACAUGGAAUAGAGUAUAGAUUAUAUCUAUUUAUGUAAUAUAAUAUUUUGAAUUAUGCUACUAGCUAUUGCCUGCUAUAUUUAUGCUCAUUUGAUGAAAUUUAUAGUAUUUUUAUGUUCUAGUGUGUAUGCUUCUUGUGGGCGUGGAAAAACAGAAAUAGCUCUUGAUUUAUUUUCAACCAUCUAAUAUGCAUAUAUUAUUUUAUAUCUACU